AUGGUCGAAGUUCAAAAAGGUUCUCAGGAUUCCAAUAAACCCGAAGUCCAUGCUAAAAUUCCUACUCCACAAUAUCCGGAUCCAAAUGCUCCAAAGGUGGAAAAAACUGUCGGUAGUCUUGCAACCUUGAGUUCUAAUGUGGAUCCUUCAACGCAUGCUGUUAUGAGUGCUGUUUGCGCGUUUGGAGCCGGAUAUGCUUACCAGUUCAUGAAGCAGCCAAAAACUGCUGCUCUUGUAGCUGGCAUCAGCGCCGCUUAUGCUGGCUCAACAUAUAUGCUCCAUCAAGGUCAAACUCAAAUGGGCUAUUGGAUCGGUUCCGUGGCCUCAAUCGGUCUUCUCGCUUUGACUGGUCCAAAAGCAUACGCGCAUAAGGAUCCUUUUAAUGUCGGUUUUGCAAGUUUUGGAGCAUUAGGGACCGUUGCUAACACUUUGAAAGCUUAUCAACAACGAACUGGUCGGCCACGGGAAUACAAUAUGCAAAAGUGA